CGCGCUCGACCGGAUCCCCAGAUCCCACCACAUCUCAUGGCGGCGAGCCUGUGGCGAGAGGCGAUGGGCGCCGGCGCCCCGGCCGCGGACGCGGAGUUCCUGGACUACAUCGAGUUCUGGCACCAGCCCGAGUGCGCGGGGUGGCUGGACCAGCAGGGGGAGCACAGCAAGGCGUGGCGCCGGCGCUGGUUCGUGCUCAAGCAGGGGAUGCUCUUCUGGUUCAAGGACUCGGACGUCGACCACGCGUCGGUGCCCCGCGGCGUCAUCUUCCUCGCCUCCUGCCUCGCCGUCAAGGGCGCCGAGGGCGUGCCCGACCGCAAGUUCGCCUUCGAGCUCUCCACCCCGGGCGAGACCAUGUACUUCGCCGCCGACUCCGAGGAGCAGAAGGAGGAGUGGAUCAACUCCAUUGUUCUCCCACUCGCCGCUCCUGCAGGGACCACAUGGGAUGAAAUUUUUCACACGGUGGACAUGCUGCGCGCGGGGUUUGGAGCAGGAGGUUUAGAUCCUUCCGUGGGAGAGUAGGCCAUGUGUAGUGUGUUGGUGUCGGCGUGUCGCCGUGUAUGUUCGCAUUGUUAAUGGUUUCUUGUAAUUAUAACUCGCCUUCUAC